GUGUGUGUGUGUAGAGAGAGAGACAUCAAUCACAGAGCAAACACAGAGACAUAUAUUGUCGUUUACAAUAUAAAGCCAAGCGCUAUAUCAAGCAGCUGCAGGAUUCAUACUCGCUUCUUCUCUUUAAUUAAUCUUGUGAUCGCCUCUUCGCUACGAGUUCGCCAUGGCGCGAUCCGUGUUCUUGCUGGCAUGCGCUUUAGCUCUUAACAUGGCUUGUUCAAUCGCUUCUGCUGCUGUUGUAGAGCAUUCCUUUCGUGUGCGAAACAUCACUAUCCAGCGGCUAUGCCAGCAGCGAACCAUCACCACCGUUAAUGGCAGCCUCCCCGGCCCGACGAUACGUGUCCGCGAAGGCGACACUCUCGUCGUCCAUGUCUUAAAUAACUCUCCCUACAACAUCACCAUUCACUGGCAUGGGAUUUUUCAGCUAUUUAGUGGCUGGGCUGAUGGACCCGAUUUUGUAACUCAGUGUCCGAUCCGACCCGGAAAAAGUUACACUUACAGAUUCAACAUCACCGGACAAGAAGGCACCCUUUGGUGGCAUGCCCAUGUCCAAUUCCUCCGCGCCACCGUCUACGGUGCACUCAUCAUUCGCCCGAGAGCUGGCCACUCGUACCCUUUCCAAAAACCCUAUAGAGAAAUUCCUAUUCUUUUAGGAGAAUGGUGGAAUGCCAACGUUGUGGAUGUCGAGAACGAAGCACUUGCCACCGGUGGUGCCCCGAGUCUCUCCGCUGCCUACACAAUCAAUGGCCGACCUGGCGAUCUCUAUUCAUGCUCUUCAAAUAGAACGUACACACUAAAAGUGGUAAAAGGAAAGACAUAUCUAUUGCGAAUCAUCAACGCCGCACUCAAUAACCAUCUCUUCUUCAAGAUAGCCAAUCACAACAUGACAGUUGUGGCCAUUGAUGCCGCAUACACCGAUCCCAUGGUCACCGAUGUUGUCUUGGUUGCCCCGGGCCAAACCACCGAUGUACUACUAACCGCCGAUCAGCCGCCGUCGUCGUACUACAUGGCGGCUCGACCCUACAAUAGCGCUGUAAAUGUACAGUUCGACAACACAACUACCACCGGAAUCAUCGUGUACGAGAACGCGACGUCGUCGGCGCCGAUGAAGCCAACUUUACCGGCCUAUGACGACACGCCGACGGCCCACAAAUUCAACAGCGAUCUCACUGGGCUCGUUAAUGGGCCUCACUGGACCCCCGUUCCAGCCUACAUUGACGAGAACAUGUUUGUGACCGUGGGCUUGGGCCUAACCAAAUGUGGAUCGAAUGCCACCUGUUCAGGCCCGCUUGGGGAGCGAUUGGCUGCGAGCAUGAACAACCAAUCCUUCGAGAUCCCCACCAAAUUGUCAAUGUUGCAAGCUUUCUUCAACAACGUCACCGGGAUUUACACCACUGAUUUCCCCGACCAGCCGCCGGUGGCAUUCGAUUACAUUAACACAGACAGUCUCAACAGGUCGAUCAUAAUGACAAAGAAGUCUACCAAAGCGAAGAAUCUCAAAUUCAAUUCAACCGUUCAGAUCGUGUUGCAGAAUACCAAUCUGUUGGGCAUAGAGAACCACCCCAUUCACUUGCAUGGCUUCAACUUCCAUGUUAUAGCUCAAGGCUUCGGCAACUACGACCCCGUAAAAGAUCCCAAAAAAUUCAAUCUAGACAAUCCUCAGGCCCGUAACACCAUUGGGGUACCCGUCGGAGGAUGGGCUGUCAUCCGAUUCCUAGCAAACAAUCCAGGUAUAUGGUUGAUGCAUUGUCACUUCGAUGUGCAUUUGCCAUGGGGGCUGGCAAUGGCUUUUGCGGUCGAGAACGGGCCGACGCCGAAGACGAGCCUGCCGCCGCCGCCGUCAGAUCUGCCCCAAUGUUAAGGACGAGUGCUUAAUUACAGUGUCACAUGUGUUGUUUAUAUAUGGAACCUAAUUGUGAUUUGUGUUCGUGCAUGGCUUUGAUUUCAUAAUCUUGUAUUUUGUUGGUCCAUUCGGAAACAAAAUUAUUCUUAGGUUCAAAUUGUUUGGAAUGCAAAAUAAGUCUGAAAGACAGACAGUUUGGUCAAUAACAAAUUAAGCAAUUGUGAGUGAACUUUUCUCUGUUGCUUUAUAUUGUGAAUUAGAGAAUGAUUAAUAUA